GACUACGGAGGCGCCAAAUCCGUGAAACGUCCGCUGCAAGCCAAACCAAAUGCUCCUUGCGCCCCGACAAUUGCAAAUCUACUCUCUCUCUCUUUCUCCUCUGUGAGCUUUAUCGUGUGACAGUUAGAACUCAAAAGCAGCACGUAUCGGACCAAUCUUUGAUUCUCGCAUCGUUUACUCACACUCUCAUUGUGAGACUUACACCCACCUCAUUUCUCUCUCUCUCUCCCCCCCCCCCCCCCUUCUCGCUCUGCAGCAUAGACAGCCUAUGAAUUUGGUUUUGGCGAUUCUUUGAAAGUUGGGUGGGAUUGGAGAAGAUCUUCUCACUAUAAUCUUUGUGACUUGAAGUUGUUGAUUUUGCUGGAAAAAUGGAGUUAGGGGGGAGUGAAAAAAAUAUGGUAAUAACUCAAGUUAGUUUUGGUGGGUUUGACAGAUGUGUCACUGCCAAAGAAUUUUCAAAAUUUUUGGAAGAUAAUAUUGGGCUCGUUUGGAGGUGUAGAUUGAAGACUUCCUGGACCCCUCCCGAGUCAUAUCCAGAUUUUGAGGCCAUCAAUGCCGCACAGAAUCAAAGAACAAUUAAUAAUUAUGAAAAAGUGGAACCCCACGCAUUUGUGCAUUUUGUGUCACCUGAUUCGGCUUCGUGGGCUCUGGAUGCUGCAGGGCGUUGUGAUCUUUUUUUUGGGGGGAAGCCUUUGAAGGUUAGUUUGGGGCCAGAGAAUCCAUUCCGCAUCAAUCAGAGGAGGAGAACCACUACUCCCUACAAGCUAUCUGAUGUGCGUGUUGAGAUUGGAGGCUUGGUUAGUCGAGAUGAGUUCUUUGUUGGCUGGAGAGGGCCUUCUACAGGGGUUGAUUUUCUUGUAGAUCCCUUUGAUGGGACAUGCAAAUUUCUUUUCACAAGGGACACUGCAUUCUCUUUCAAAAGCAGAGCCAAUCAUACAGUGAUAAAGUGCAAUUAUAAGGUGGAAUUUUUAGUUAGAGACAUCAAUGAGAUCAGACAAUUUAAGGACUCAUCAUCUUUAAUAAUUUUACUGCAGCUGGAUUCAUCUCCUUUGGUUUUUUAUAGAACUGCUGAUGACGAUAUUGAAGAUUCAGUUCCAUUUGAUUUGUUGGAUGAUGAUGACCCAUGGAUACGGACCACAGAUUUUACACCCAGUGGUGCAAUUGGCCGAUGCAAUACUUACAGAAUAUCAAUCCCACCCCGUCAUGGUUUGAAACUGAUGAAAGCUAUGAAAUAUUUUAGAGAACGUAGGAUACCAGAUGACAGCCCCAGACACCAGCUUAGGAUCAGGGAUGAACCUGAUUUUGGGACUCCCAUGACUGAUCCUUUCUUCUGUAUUCAAUACAGGAAAGGUAUGCCUUUUGAGUUACUGUUUUUGUUGAAUGCUGUCAUGCACAGAGGCAUUAUCUGCCAGCACCAGCUAUCGGACAUGUUCUAUGAUUUAUUGUGGAGGCAGCCGAAGGAGGUCAAUAUUGCUGCUUUAAAGCACAUAUGUUCCUACAAGCGUCCAUUGUUUGAUCCAUCUAAGAGGCUGAAGCUUGUGCAAGAAUGGUUGUUGAAGAAUCCUAAGCUUCUCCAGAUUCCUAAGCAGUUAGAGGAUAUAGUUGAAGUGAGGAGGUUGGUCAUUACCCCAACCAAAGCGUAUUGCCUCCCACCGGAAGUUGAACUUUCCAACAGGGUUCUUAGAAAUUAUAGAGAAGUUGCUGAUCGAUUUCUAAGGGUUACUUUCAUGGAUGAAGGGAUGCAGACAAUAAAUUCAAAUGUUUUGAAUUUUUAUGUUGCUCCUAUUGUGAAAGAAAUCACCUCAAAUUACUAUCCGCAGAAAACCAGAGUAUUUAGAAGGGUGAAGAGCAUUUUAACUGAUGGAUUUUAUUUAUGCAGUCGGAAGUACUCUUUUCUAGCCUUUUCAUCUAACCAGUUGAGAGAUCGUUCUGCCUGGUUUUUUGCUGAUGAUAAGAACAUAAGCGUGAUGGAUGUCAAAAAAUGGAUGGGAAAAUUCACAAACAAGAAUGUUGCUAAGUGUGCUGCUAGGAUGGGACAGUGCUUCUCCUCCACUUACGCCACAGUAGAAGUUCCAUCAAGUGAAGUUAAUUCAGAGUUCCCUGACAUCAAGAGGAAUGAAUAUGUUUUCUCUGAUGGAAUUGGCAUGAUAACACCUGAUCUAGCAACAGAAAUUGCAGAGAAGCUGAAAUUGAUGGACAACCCACCUUCUGCAUACCAAAUAAGAUAUGCUGGUUGCAAAGGGGUUGUUGCUUGCUGGCCAGCGGAAGAUGAUGGGAUCCGCAUGUGUUUAAGGCCUAGCAUGAACAAGUUUCGGUCUGACCACACUAUUCUUGAAGUUUGUUCUUGGACACGGUUUCAGCCAGGAUUCUUAAACAGGCAGAUAGUGACGUUGCUUUCAGCCUUGAAUGUUCCUGAUGAAAUAUUCUGGAAAAUGCAGACCCAUAUGAUUUACAGACUUGAAGAAAUGCUUGUCAAUGCCGAUGUAGCUUUUGAUGUUCUUAUGGCAUCCUGUGCAGAGCAAGGACAUACAGCAGCUAUCAUGUUGAGCGCUGGUUUCAAGCCUCAGACAGAACCACAUCUCAGGGGCAUGUUAUCUUCCAUAAGAGCUGGACAGUUUUGGGGUCUUAGAGAGAAAGCUAGGAUUUUUGUUCCUUCUGGACGGUGGUUAAUGGGUUGCUUGGAUGAGCUUGGGGUACUUGAACACGGUCAAUGUUUUAUCCAAGUGUCAACCCCUUCGUUGGAGAACUGUUUCUCAAAGCAUGGCUCUAGGUUUACUGAGACACAGGAAAAACGGCAAAUCAUCCGGGGGCUUGUAGUUAUGGCUAAGAACCCUUGUCUUCAUCCAGGAGAUAUACGAGUUCUGGAAGCCGUAGAUGCCCCUGGUUUGCAUCACCUCUAUGAUUGUCUCGUUUUCCCUCAAAAGGGAGAUAGGCCCCAUACAAAUGAAGCGUCAGGUAGUGAUCUUGAUGGGGACUUGUACUUUGUUACUUGGGAUGAAAAUCUUAUCCCACCAAGCAAGAGAAGCUGGAUUCCAAUGGAGUAUGCUGCAGUAGAAGCCAAAACAUUGUCUCGUGAAGUCAAUCAGCAGGACAUAAUAGACUUCUUUACCAGAAACAUGGUGAAUGAGAGCCUAGGUGCAAUUUGCAAUGCUCAUGUGGUUCAUGCUGACCGCAGUGAAUAUGGAGCAUUGGAUGAGAAGUGUAUUACAUUGGCAGAGCUUGCUGCCACAGCUGUUGAUUUUCCAAAAACUGGCAAGAUAGUGACCAUGCCCCACAAUCUUAAACCUAAAAUGUACCCAGACUUCAUGGGAAAAGAAGAGUUCCGGUCAUACAACUCCGAUAAAAUCUUGGGCAAGCUUUACCGCCAGAUUAAAGAUAUUUAUAGUGAAGACGUGGCAGAAUCUUUUAAGCGAACUAUCAAUCCUCAAGAAAUUCCUUAUGACAUGGAUCUUGAGAUUCCAGGAUCUGAAGAUUUUAUUGUUCCUGCUUGGGAUCUUAAAUGUUCUUAUGAUGGACAGCUGAAUGGUUUGCUGGGACAGUAUAAAGUAAACAGAGAAGAGGAGGUUGUAACAGGUCACAUUUGGUCGAUGCCAAAGUACAACAGUAGAAAGCAUGGGGAACUGAAGGAGAGGCUCAAGCAUUCUUACAGUGCUCUGAGGAAAGAGUUCAGGCAAAUUUUUGAGAAAAUGAACUCAGAUUUUGAGGAACUUGCUGAUGAUGAGAGGAACAAGAAGUAUGAACAGAAGGCCUCAGCCUGGUACCAGGUCACUUACCAUCCUAACUGGGUGAAGAAGACUCUUGAAUUGCAAGGGCCAGAUUCUGGAGAGGAAGUGGUGAUGUUGAGCUUUGCCUGGAUAGCUGCCGAUUAUCUUGCCCGUAUCAAGAUUAGGUGCAGGGGAACAAGAGGAACCGAUUCUUCUAAGCCAAUUGAUUGUCUGGCUAGAAUGCUAAGUAAAAUGACAACAGACUGAAACUGUCCAGAAGCCUUCAGGUUGUUCUGGUUGUCUUGGUGGCUGCAAGACCACUCUGCCAUGUUUAAGUUGCUGUCUUUUAGUCCUAGCUUUAUGUUUGGUUUGUUAUGCUUUGGAAUUCUCUACAAUUGUAACAAGUACAAUCCUCAACCAGGUUUGUUCUCCUGAUUGUACUACCUAUAAUGGAGAUGUAUGGAAUUAUAUGGCUGCUAUAUAUAUGGCUUGUAUUUUCGUAAGGAUACAUUGAAAAAGGUUCAGUGCAUACUGGUCUUCUAUGCUAGAUGAAGCCAUUAUCUUGUCACAGCCAUGGUCUUUCAUCAUAACAUUCUGUAAAGAAUAUAAUUUCAAGCUAUUGAACUAGUUUUUAUGCUUGGUCUGUUA